AAUAGAAAAGUGACACGUAGAACAUAAAAAGGUUGCUCCUGUGUCCAUAUCCCGGCGAUGACCUCCCGACACAGAUUCAUUGCAUCACGGCAGAAACAUCGGGACAUCAAAUCCUAACCCAGAUCCAUGGUUUUUGCUUCAUUAAUCAUCCUUCCUCCAUAGAUCCCACAACACAAUGUCAUCCUCUUCAUCAUCCACCCACAUUUUCUUCAUCUCCUCCCUCAUAAUCCUUUGGUAUUCAUCCAACAUCGGCGUUCUUCUUCUCAACAAACUCUUGCUCUCCAACUAUGGCUUCAAAUUCCCAAUUUUCCUCACAAUGUGCCACAUGUCAGCUUGUGCUAUCCUCAGUUACAUCUCCAUUGUUUUCCUCAAAAUCGUGSCCUUUCAGAAGAUCAAAUCGAGGUCGCAGUUUUUAAGGAUUGCAACUCUCAGCAUUGUGUUUUGUGGGUCUGUUGUCGGCGGGAAUAUUUCCCUUAGGUUUUUGCCGGUUUCUUUCAACCAAGCUGUCGGUGCGACGACGCCGUUCUUCACAGCCAUGUUUGCAUACUUGAUGACCUUCAAGAGAGAGGCUUGGGUUACUUAUGGUGCUCUUGUUCCUGUUGUUACUGGUGUUGUGAUUGCCAGUGGGGGUGAGCCGAGUUUUCAUUUAUAUGGAUUCAUUAUGUGCAUAAGUGCGACCGCUGCUAGGGCCUUCAAGUCGGUUCUUCAGGGCAUCCUCCUAUCUUCCGAAGGCGAAAAAUUGAACUCGAUGAAUCUGUUGCUAUAUAUGUCCCCGAUCGCGAUUGUUGUAUUAUUGCCGGCGGCACUUGUGAUGGAGCCGGAUGUGAUCGAUGUUACCGUCUCUCUUGCAUUGAAACAUAGGUUCAUGUGGCUACUGCUUUUGGUGAAUUCAACCAUGGCUUAUGCAGCCAACUUGACCAACUUCUUGGUCACCAAGAACACUAGUGCAUUGACACUCCAGGUACUGGGGAACGCAAAAGGAGCCGUAGCCGUUGUUAUCUCGAUACUCCUUUUCAAAAACCCGGUUACGUUUGUAGGUAUAGCUGGUUACUCGAUGACCGUUAUGGGGGUGGUUGCUUAUGGAGAAGCCAAAAGGAGAUACCGAUGAUCAUUGUGGUUAUUAUUGUUUUUUUUGGACCGAAAGCGCUUAGCAUGCAGAGAUCCUCGUUAAAAGUAGAAGUGGUGGCGAAUGAAGCAUAUUUUUGUCUCGGAUCUAACGACCUCGUGGGAACACCACGUCCCCUUGGUUUUACGAGCAUUUAAGGAAAUUGUUUUUACACGCAGUUUCCACGGUAUCAGAUGCUUGCCGUUGAGUGUGAGUUCGAUUUGGUUUGUGGUAUGUAAUUGUUAGAAACUCGGGCAUUAUUACGUAGUUUGAUCCUGUUCUCGAAUCGUACUUCGAACUCACGUAGCUUUUUGUAAAACUAUUUCAGGUAGCUUUUGAUAAGCUUUAAAGCAAUUUUAAAUUUACGACU